AUGAGAUUUCUAAUCCUUGCCUUAUUGCUUGCAAUUUCAAUUGCAGUAUUCGCCUUGUGUGGUGCAGAAUACUCAGUCGCGGAAAGCUCUGCUCUCUCUACCUAUCUUCCACGAAAGAGAAAGAACAAGUAUGGAAGAAAAUAUGGUAGAAAGUAUGGCAAGAAGUACAGAAAGUACGGAAGAAAAUACCUUAAAAAAUACGGUAGAAAGUAUGGUAGAAAGUACAGAAAAUACGGUAGAAAGUAUGGCAAGAAGUACAGCAAGAAGUAUGGCAAGAAGUACAGAAAGUAUGGUAGAAAGUAUGGCAAGAAGUAUGGCAAGAAGUACAGAAAGUACGGAAGAAAAUACGGCAAGAAGUAUGGCAAUAAGUACUGUAGAGCUCGCCGUUUUAAGAAGAGAAAGUACUAA